CCUGCGGUGACGGAAAUGAAGUCACUUCCGGGCUGGGGUGUUUGUUUGGACUGGAGAAGGGAGGCGGCGGGCGAAGCGCACGUCGAGCGGGGGAGCGGCGCUGCCUGUGGAGAUCCGCGGAGGCCGACAAGAUUCGUUGGCUGCCGUCCCCGCUGCCGUGCACUGGGUUAGAAACGACACCAAACACCAACCAUGAAAGAUCCAAGUCGCAGCAGCACUAGCCCAAGCAUCAUCAAUGAAGAUGUGAUUAUUAACGGUCAUUCUCACGAAGAUGAUAAUCCAUUUGCAGAGUACAUGUGGAUGGAAAACGAAGAGGAAUUCAACAGACAAAUAGAAGAGGAGUUGUGGGAAGAAGAAUUUAUUGAACGCUGUUUCCAAGAAAUGCUGGAAGAAGAAGAAGAACACGAAUGGUUUAUUCCAGCUCGAGAUCUCCCACAAACUAUGGACCAAAUCCAAGACCAGUUUAAUGACCUUGUUAUCAGUGAUGGCUCUUCUCUGGAAGAUCUUGUGGUCAAGAGCAAUCUGAAUCCAAAUGCAAAGGAGUUUGUUCCUGGGGUGAAGUACUAACAUGUUGAGUAGCCGGGCCCUCUUUUGGUGGAUGUAGCACAAUUUCCACACUGUGAAGGCAGUAUUAGAAGACUUCAUUGUAAAAGCUCUCGUCACUGUGUUACACUUAUGCAUUGCCAAAGUUGUUGUUAGUCUUGCAUGCUUAAUAAAGUGCUGAGACUGUUACUAAGUAAGAAGCUGUCACACAGUUACUGAAAGUAGAAGUGGCCCCAUGGCUUCGUGUAAAGACAGCAGUGGAAGAAGCACCAGUCAACUGUGACAAAGAACCAAAUUAAAUAACCUCCAAAUCUCA